GGUCCCCGCCCUGUGCCCUGCGCCAGGUCGGACACCUGAGCUCUCACCAUGGCUGAACCCGCCAAGCUCCAGCUGUUUGUGAAGGCAAGUGAGGACGGCGAGAGCAUCGGGCACUGCCCCUCCUGCCAGCGGCUCUUCAUGGUCCUCCUCCUCAAGGGCGUGCCCUUCACCCUCACCACCGUGGACACGCGCAGGGCGCUGGAUGUGCUGAAGGACUUCGCGCCAGGCUCGCAGCUGCCCAUCCUGCUUUACGACGGGGACGCCAAGACCGACACGCUGCAGAUCGAGGAAUUUCUGGAGGAGACGCUGGGACCGCCCGACUUCCCCAGCCUGGCCCCGAGGCACCGGGACUCUAACACGGCGGGCAAUGACGUCUUCCAGAAGUUCUCGGCGUUCAUCAAGAACCCCGCGCCCGCGCAGGACGACGCCCUGUACCAGCAGCUGCUGCGCGCCCUCGCCCGGCUGGACGGCUACCUGCGCGCGCCCACGGAACACGAGCUUGCGCGGGAGCCGCAGCUGCAGGAGUCCCGCCGCCACUUCCUGGACGGGGACCAGCUCACGCUGGCUGACUGCGGCCUGCUGCCCAAGCUGCACGUCGUGGACACGGUGUGCGCGCACUUCCGCCGGGCACCCAUUCCCGCCGAGCUGCGCGCUGUGCGCCGUUACCUGGACCUGGCGCUGCAGGAGAAGGAGUUCAAGUACACGUGCCCGCACCGCGCAGAGAUCCUGGCCGCCUACCGGCCCGCCGUGCACCCCCGCUAGCGCCCACCUGCCCUCGAUAAAGGUUCUCUGCC